UCGAGUGGGCAGUAUCUAAUGAAAACAUGUUUGCUUUUCUUGUUGUCCGAAAAUUCUGAAAAAUAUAAUUAAAACAAAAUCAGUGCUGUGUUCCCUGAUAUCCAGCGUGCGACGGGACGCUUUAAAAAAGAAAACAAACAUUUCAAGGAGAAAUUAAGAAACUGGCGUGGGGCACGAUGAGUGUGUUGGCAUAUCCACGUACAAAUGAUGAGGAGAUUUUUCGUCAGUGCACAAAGGAUUGUGGUGUUGUGACGGCCACCGAGGACUUUCAGUAUUUUGCCUUGCGUUGCAUUUUCUGCAGCGAGAAAUUUCUGUACUUUGAUGCAUUCAUUGGUCACAUGCAGACAGUGCAUCUGGAGGAUGCACAGCGCAGCAUGGAAGGCACAGGCUCCCGCUCCGGCUCAACCACUAACAUGGGCUACAGUAUGGGCUUGGGUAUGGGUCCGGCCAUGUCAAUAGGCCUGGCGGAUGGCGAUGAUGAUGAUGGAGUGCGUCACAGUUAUGGCAAUGGGGGCAUUCAACAAUUUGAUGAGAUCGAAGACUUGACCGAUGCUGACACUGCCCUGUUGGAACCGCAAAUGGUCAUCAAACAGGAACUGCAAGAAUUGGACAGCAGCGAUAACGACGUGGAUGAUGAUGAUGAGAAUCUAGCAGUGCCCGUUGACAAUGAUAAUGACAAUGACAAUGGAAACGAUGCUGAAGACGACAGCGAAGCUAUACUGCCCGAAAGUGAUCUACCCAGAGCCAGCACAAUGUCACGCAUCAAAUUGGCGGGACCACCGCCAUAUUUGGCCAGGCAUAGUAUGUCAACAUUAGAUGUUAAGAAUGAACCAUUAACAGCUGACGGGGACGACUCAUUGGACGAUUAUGUGGACGGCGAUCAACACUAUAUGGAUGACAAUUCUGGCGAAUAUCCAGACUAUAAUCCCAGCAGUUAUAAUGCUCACGGAAACAGCGCUACGGCCAAUGAAUCCGAUUUUCUCAGUUAUGACGAAAUGGUCGAGGAAUCUCUACUUGGUCGUGAUCGGGAGCUCACUAUGCACAUCAAGGAUCGCAAAAUGAUACAAUUCCUGAUACACUCGUACAAGCGCAAUCCAUUCCUGUGGGAUCAUAGCCAUGCACAGUUCCGGGAUCGUGUAAAGCGUGCACGCUUUCUCGAUUGGAUAGUGCUGGAGUUUAAGAACCGUUUCAACAUCUCACUGGCCAAGGACGCCAUCACCCGCAAAUGGGACAAUCUGCGCACCGUCUACAAACGCGAAUGCAAUCGGAUGGCUCUCGAAAAGACAAACAUUAGCACGCUGUGGUACUUCAAGGAGUUGCACUUCCUCAACGAGCUCUAUAGCUAUAAUUCCAAAAUGUCCGAUGCCGUUGUCAAGGAAACAUCCUACAGACGCCGCUUUUCAGCCAUAUGGAAUGAUACGUCCACUGCCAAACUGUUGGUCAUGGUUAAGCGCUAUCAGUGCUUCUAUAAUCGCUUUGAUCCCGACUAUCGCAGUAAGGAGCGUCGCGGCGAGGGACUUCAACAGAUGGCCAUGGAAUUGCAGCAAUUAAUCGAUGUGACCACCAUACAAAUUUCGAAGCGUAUCUCGCAGCUGCGUUUCGAUUACUCCAAGCAGAAGAUGGAGCGCUUGAAUGCGGAGCGUAUGGGACGCAAAUUUAUACCCAAUUACAUAUACUAUGAUCAGAUGAGCUUUAUGGAUGAUGAUAUACCACCGUUCAAAUGCGAGCAUUGUGGGGAAAUUGUUCAGACCCUUCGUGAGUUAGACCUGCACAUGCUGAGCCACCAGCCGAGUCUGGGCGGUGGUUACUACUGUAACGUCUGCAGCAUACAGUUCAACAACGCGGAAGAAUUUGAAAAUCACAAGCAGCUGCAUUUGGGCGCCGGCAAUGAGGUAAAGUACAAUUGCGAACUGUGCACGGCCAGUUUUCGCGAGAAGUCCAACUACGAUGAGCAUUUACGUCGCCACAAUGAUGAGCUAUUCCUGCCCACGCUGGCGCUGAAUCACAGCAUACUCGACAGUGCUGGCGGGGAUGUGGACGCUAUCGACGCGGACUCCUCAGCCGUGGGUGGCAGUGGUAGUGCAGUUGGCGGCGACGAUGAUGAAAUGUUCGCAGCGGACGGAUCGAAGCCAUUUGCCUGCGAGGUGUGCCAUCGCACGUUCGCAUCGCCCGGUCACCUCAAUGCGCAUCGCGUCGUCCAUCAAGAUGAGCGCGAACGAUGCUACAAAUGCGAUUAUCCACAGUGUAGCAAAUCCUUUGUGUCACGCCACAGCCUCUUCGAUCAUUUGAAGCAACAUUACAGCAACGAGGAGUUCAAGUGCGAUAUCUGCGGCAAAAGCUUCAAGUCCACCAAGAAUCUACAGAACCACAAACAAAUCCACGAUAAGGUCAAGCGCUACGUUUGCCAAAUAUGCGGCUCGGCAUUUGCCCAAGCCGCUGGCCUCUACCUGCACAAGCGUCGUCACAAUCGUCCCAAUGGCAGCACCGGCGCCGUUGGUGGUCGCUCUGGACGCACCACACUGUGAGCGAUCCAGAAAAGAUCGUAUAAACGAUCGCGUUAAAAAUAGAUUAGAAAUGGAAAGAUGUUCAAAUCACAGUUCUAAGUUAUUGCAAUGUCCUCCAAUGCCAAUUAACGGCAGCUAUUUUACAACCCCAUUUAUGUUUUUAAAUAUUUUUAUUAUGAUUACACAUUAUUUAUAAUUAUAAUUAUUUUUUUACAACAUAUUUAGCACUUCUUUUUAACGGAGCGCUGUUCACACUUGUACUUAAGCUUAAAAGUAUUUUACAAAUUGUCCGUAACUAAGCCAAGAACUUUAAUAGACAUAUAAACAAAAACAUGCAACAGUAAUUUUGCACUUAAAGCAUAUACAUAUAUAAAUAUAUAUAUAAUUAUAUAUAUAUAUUUAAUUAUAUCUGAUAUAUGUAAAAUAUCUGCCGUCUUGCACACACAGCAGCUCAAAAGCUUAUUUUUGUGGCAAUGUCAACAAAAUGUAGAAAGGGAAAAAAAAGAAAAGAAAAGAAAAUCUAUACUUAAAAAGUUAACUUUAUAAGUUGGCAAACUCGAAGUCAGGUGUCGAAUAAAUAUUUUCAGUGUGUUGAAAAUCACGACAAAAUACCAACAAAAAAAAAAAAAAGAAAUCCAUUUUAACAUGGUAUCAUUGUUAUCAAAUUAACAAUUAUUUUAAUUUUGUCAUGUAAAUGUAAAAUAUAUAUACGGUACGAACGAUAUUUAAGACAUUCCCCCAAAAUGCGCAUCGUGGUAACUAAAUAAGUAUCAUUGACGAGGCAAUGAGGCAAACACAUUCCACACUAGUUAAAUGAUUAAUAAGUGUCAAAAACAAGUAUUUCUUAAAGUAUUCUCUAUGGACAACCACCACAUAUGUAUGCAUACAAAUUGUAUUUAUUUAAAUGUGUGAGACAGCAACAACAAUAAUAACAAUAACAGUUACUAAGCUCGACGCUUUGAAAUUAAUAUUAAUGCAUACAAACAUAUGUACAUCCAUUUAGUUUUAGUUAACAUAAACGACUGAAUCUGAAAAAUACAUUUACAUACACACACAUACGCACGCACACACACAAACACAACAAAUGUAACAAACGAGAUAAAAGGAAUCCCUUUCCGAUUAUGAUAACUUUGCAGACUUAUUAAACAAAUUAUUUCUAUAGCAGCUAUAUAUGUAUAUUGUCACUUUAUAAUUAUUUUAUGUAAACUUAAUAUUAUGUUCGAUAACAAUGAAAUUUUUUUAUUUUAAUAUCGAAAGGUUAUUUAUGCAACAAAUCUCAUAAAAUUACUCAUUCGUAUCGAAUCGUUUUUGUCUGCAUCUUUUUAAAAGGCUCUGGAGUUACUCCCUUCACUCCCGUGAUCCUUUUUGCAAGUGCAAGUACAUACACAUCGUCAUUCAUACAUACCCUGUAAAUAAUUUUUUGAUGUGCAUUUGUUGUCAUACAUACGUACAUCAUGUUGUACAUAUGUACAUACAUAUAUGCAGUCGAUUGCACCUGCUGAUCGAAACGAUUAACGCAAAAAUUAAGAGAGAGAGAGAGAGUAAACAUACACAUACAUGCAUACAUACAAUUAUAUAUACAAUAACAAAUUAUGUAUUCUAUUCUUUUAUAAGCAAACAAAUUCACCUUAGACGAUAAGUUCAUUUAGCACAAUUGACAAGAUACAUAAAUAAAUGCAGCAGCUCUCAGAGUAGUAUAACAAGAAAUUUAAUUAAUAUUCGAUUGCUUACUCAUAUGCUUUAAGGACUAUAGCUGACACACAUACACACACACGCGCACAUACCACACAAACUUUUCGUUUUUGUGUGUAUGUGUGUGCAGGUGAUAGAAUACUUGCGUAUUUCGUCUUAAAUUUGUUUUUUUUUUUUUUCAUUAACAACAAUUGUGAAAUAGUUAACAGCAGCUGUAAGAAAUUUGUAAACGAAUUAACCAAAUUCGUAUACGAUUAAGAGGCCGUAACAAAGUGCGCUUCCGUAAGCUAUAAAACCCUAUAAAUAAUACAGAUGCAUGCAUAUACAAAACUGACAUACACGUGUAUGCAUAUAUUAAUAUACUAUACAUAUAUUAAUAUAAGAAAAAAAAAAAAACUAAACAAACAAUUGCAAUAUACAAAAAAAAAAAAAAAACACAAAACAAGUGCGCACAGAGAUUAUCACUAGGAGCCAAUCUUUACUACAUGUAAAUUUUAAUAAAAUUAAAUAAAAAUUUUAUUUAUUUCGACUUUGUUAUGUCAUAUCUCUGAACUCUUUCCCGGUUAAUUUAUAUAUGUUCUCUCCAGAAUGAUUGUAAUCCAAUAGAGUAUCAUUCUGUUUCAUUUAAUUCAUAGAUAAAGCUAAGUUAAACUGUAUUACAUAUGUAAUUCUUCUUGUAAUUAGAUAGUUUAAACUUUAAACAUUUAACAUUUCAAGUAUUCAAGUACGAAGUAUGUUAGUUGUAGUCUCUUAUUGUAAGAAUGUACUUGAGAUUUGGUUCAAUAACUUGGUAACCCAAUAGAAAUAAAUAUAUAAAUAUUUUGAA